UGUAGUACCAACUUUGUGGGAGCAGCUUAAUCCAAAACAGAAGCAGGAUAAAACAGUAGAAGGAUUUGUGACUGGGGCUUUGAGAAAUCUCUGUGGUGAUAAAGAUGGACAUUGGAAGGCAACUCUUGAGGGUGGUGGGGUUGACAUUAUUGUAGGACUUCUUUCUUCUGAUAAUGCUUCAGCUCAAUCAAAUGCAGCUUCUCUAUUGGCCCGAGUGAUGUUGGCAUUCGGUGAUAGCAUUCCAAAAAUAAUUGAUUCUGGAGCAAUCAAAGCUCUCCUAAGCCUCUUACAUCAGAAAAAUGAUGUAACUGUUCGUGCCAGUGCAGCUGAGGCUUUAGAGGUUCUUUCUCUAAAAUCAACCAAAGCAAAGAAAGCUAUUGUUGACUCACAGGGUGUGCCAAUUCUCAUAGGGGCUGUUGUAGCUCCUUCCAAAGAAUGUAUGCAAGGCGAAGGAGGGGAGAUGCUCCAGUGGCACACAAUAAAAGCUUUAUCCAAUAUAUGUGGUGGAAUGUGUGCCCUCGUGUUGUAUUUGGGUGAGCUUUCUCAGUCCCCAAGGUUAGCUGCUCCUGUUGCUGAUAUAAUUGGGGCACUUGCUUAUGCUCUUAUGGUCUUUGAGCUCAACGCAGAAGAAGAACCUUUUGAUGCAACGAAGAUUGAGAAUAUUCUAAUAAUGCUCCUAAAGCCACGGGAUAAUAAGUUGGUCCAGGAACGUCUCCUUGAGGCCAUGGCAAGUCUUUACGGCAAUGCUUAUCUAUCAAAUCUGGUCCACCAAUCAGAAUCUAAGAAGGUUCUUACGGGCCUCAUAACAAUGGCCAGCGGUGAUGUACAAGAGUAUCUGAUACUCUCCCUGAUACAGUUAUGUUGUGAUGAAGUGAGUGUCUGGGAUGCAAUUGGAAAGAGAGAAGGGAUUCAGUUACUGAUAUCACUGCUGGGGUUAUCCAGUGAACAACAUCAAGAGUAUGCUGUUGAGAUGCUUGCUAUCCUAACUGACCAAGUUGAUGACAGCAAGUGGGCAAUCACUGCCGCUGGUGGGAUUCCGCCACUUGUUCAGUUACUAGAAAUGGGGUCUCAGAAGGCUAAGGAAGAUGCAGCACAUGUUAUGUAUAACCUGUGCUGCCAUAGUGAAGACAUCCGUGCCUGCGUUGAAAGUGCUGGAGCUAUACAUUCGUUCUUGUGGCUUCUCAAAAAUGGUGGACCAAAGGGGCAAGAAGCAUCAGCUAGGACCCUAACAAAGCUAAUCGCGACUGCUGAUUCGGCUACCAUAAAUCAAUUGCUAGUAUUACUAAAGGGAGAUUCACCAAGCUCAAAGGCCCAUAUAAUUAAGGUGUUAGGUCAUGUGCUUACCAUGGCAUCUCAGAAUGACCUUGUGCGUAAAGGGGCUGGGGCCGCUGCUAACGAAGGGCUAAGGUCACUUGUCAAAGUUCUAAAUUCCUCAAAUGAAAAGACUCAAGAAUAUGCUGCCUCUGUCCUAGCUGACAUAUUCAGCACUCGACAUGAUAUUUGUGAUAGCCUCGCAACAGAUGAAGUGGUUAAUCCUUGCAUGAAGCUUUUGACUAGCAAUACUCCAGUUGUUGCAACACAGUCAGCUAGAGCCUUGGGUGCUUUGUCCCGUCCAACAAAAGCAAAAUCUACAACCAAGAUGCCUUAUAUUGCUGAAGGGGAUGUAAGACCACUAAUUAAGUUGGCCAAAACUGCAUCUAUUGAUUCUGCAGAGACUGCAAUAGCUGCUUUAGCCAAUCUGUUGUCUGAUCCAGAGAUAGCUGCAGAAGCACUGGCUGAAGAUGUUGUUUCAGCUUUGACCCGAGUUUUAGGAGAAGGAUCGUUCGAAGGUAAGAAAAAUGCAUCACGUGCGCUUCAUCAGCUAUUGAUGCAUUUUCCAGUGGGAGAUGUACUGAUAGGAACUGCUCAGUGUCGAUUUGCUGUUCUGGCUAUUGCGGAAUCCUUAAAAGCGAUGAAUGCAGAUGGAACUGAUGCUGCAGAUGCUUUAGAUGCUAUUGCACUUCUUGCUAGGACAAAACAAGGCACACAUUUGUCGUACAACCCAUGGACUGCCCUUGCUGAAGUACCGUCUAGUUUAGAGCCUCUUAUACAUUACCUCUGUGAGGGAUCUCCCCUAGUCCAAGAUAAAGUAAUAGAAAUUUUAUCCAGGCUUUGUGGAGAUCAACCAAUUCUGCUAGGUGACCUGUUAGUAUCAAGAUCCAGGGCGAUAGGUGCAUUGGCUGAUAGAAUAAUGAAUUCUAGCAGUCUAGAAGUAAGAGUUGGUGGGACAGCAUUGGUCAUUUGUGCUGCCAAGGAACAUAAAGUUCAGUCAAUGGAUGCACUUUAUGCAUCUGGAUACUUGAAACCUCUUAUAUAUGCGUUAGUUGACAUGAUGAAGAAAAACUCCAAUUGUUCUUCCUUAGAAAUUGAAGUCAGAACCCCUAGGGGUUUCACUGAAAGGACUCCAUUUGGGGAAGAAAAUGAGUUUGAGGUUCCUGAUCCAGCAACAGUCUUGGGGGGUACUGUUGCCCUUUGGCUGCUAUCAAUAAUUACAUCAUUUCAUAUAAAUAGCAAGUCCACUGUUGUGGAAGCGGGGGGACUUGAGGCCCUUGCCGACAAGCUUGCUAGACACACUUCCACUCUACAGGUAGACCUUAUACAAAUCUCACUCGUGUGGUGUAUGCUUCCCCCUGACCCCCUGGUUGCAGUAUUGGGCUUUGUGCUGCUGAUUGCAGAGGUCAGUACUGUAAAACAAAUCAAAACAGUUGAAUAUCUCUUUUACCUGACUUAUUCACAUGGCUGGGAACAACUGAUUGCUGUUCUUCAUUUGGGGUCAAGAAGUGCAAGGCUGAGUGCUGCUAGGGCUUUAAAUGAACUUUUUGAUGCUGAGAACAUCCGAGAUUCUGAAGCAUCUAUUCAAGCCAUUCAGCCUUUAGCUGACAUGCUUGGUGCUGCAUUAGAAAGUGAACAACGAGUUGCUGUUAGCGCCUUGAUUAAGUUGACCUCAGAAAGCGAUUCAAAAGCAUCACUGAUGGCUGAUGUAGAAGGGAAUCCCCUUGGGAGUCUACAUAAGAUUCUUGCUUUUUCAUCUCCUUUGGAAUUGAAAAGUGAUGCUGCCGAGUUAUGCUUUGUACUUUUUGGUGAUCCAAAAUUCAGAGCUUUGCCAAUUGCUUCUGAAUGCAUAGAGCCCCUAGUAAUGCUAAUGCAAUCUGAUGCAGAACAAGCUGUGGAAUCUGCAGUUUGUGCUUUUGAGAGGUUGUUGGACGAUGAGCAGCUGGUGGAGCUUGCAUCAGCGUAUGAUCUUGUUGAUCUUCUAGUUCAUCUGGUUUGUGGCUCAAAUCAGCGGCUCAUUGAUGCGAGUAUUUGUGCACUUAUUAAGUUGGGUAAGGACCGAACUCCUCGCAAGAUGGAUAUGGUCAAAGCAGGCAUAAUAGAAAAUUGUCUUGAGCUGCUCCCAACUGCAUCGAGUUCCUUAUGCUCCACUAUUGCAGAACUCUUCCGCAUAUUGACAAAUAGUAGUGCUAUUUCAAAAAACCCAGCUGCUGCAAAAAUUGUAGAACCUCUCUUUAUGGUUUUACUGCGGUCAGAUUUUGGACUGUGGGGACAGCACAGUGCUUUGCAAGCUCUUGUAAACAUUCUAGAGAAGCCACAAAGUCUUGCAGUUCUGAAUCUUUCUCCUAGCCAGGUAAUUGAGCCUCUCAUUUCCUUUCUUGAAUCCCCAGCUCAAGCUAUCCAACAACUUGGAACCGAGUUAUUAUCUCAUCUCCUUGCACAAGAGCAUUUUAAGAAGGAUAUAACAACGAAAAAUGCAGUAGUGCCUCUUGUGCAGCUCGCAGGCAUUGGUAUAUUGAACUUGCAACAGACAGCAAUUCGGGCUUUGGAAAAUAUCUCAUUAAGCUGGCCAAAAGCAGUUGCUGAUGCUGGUGGUAUUUUUGAGCUUGCAAAGGUUAUUGUUCAAGAUGACCCUGUACCGCCUGUUGCCUUGUGGGAGUCAGCCGCUAUGGUUCUCUGCAAUGUCCUAUGCUCUAACUCCGAUUACUACUUCAAACUUCCGCUGGUGGUUCUCGUAAAGAUGCUGCAUUCAACAGUCGAGAGCACUGUUACUCUUGCGCUGAAUGCACUUAUAGUUUAUGAAAAGACUGAUAUUUCAAGUGCAGAACUGAUGGCUGAAGCUGGUGUAGUAGACGCCCUCUUGGAUCUGCUAAGAUCUCACCAGUGUGAAGAAGCAUCAGGAAAAUUGCUUGAAGCUCUUUUCAACAAUGUCCAGAUACGAGAGCUGAAGGUAUCCAAGUAUGCAAUUGCACCUCUGGCACAAUAUUUGUUGGAUCCACAGACUAGAUCGCAAUCUGGUAGGCUUCUUGCAGCUCUUGCUCUUGGUGACCUCUCUCAGCAUGAAGGACUAGCUAGAGCGAGUGAUUCUGUCUCAGCCUGUCGAGCUCUGAUAAGUUUACUUGAAGAUCAACCAACAGAAGAAAUGCAAAUGGUGGCAAUUUGUGCAUUGCAAAACUUUGUAAUGCGCAGUAGAACCAACAGGAGAGCUGUUGCAGAAGCCGGUGGAAUUUUAAUGGUUCAAGAACUGCUUUUAGCCCCAAAUUCAGAAAUUGCAGUACAGGCAUCUCUGCUCAUAAGGUUUUUAUUCUCAAAUCACACGCUUCAAGAAUAUGUAUCAAACGAGCUUAUCAGAUCUUUGACAGCUGCACUGGAGAAGGAAUUAUGGGCCACAGCAACUGCUAAUGAGGAAAUUCUGCGGACCAUUCAUGUAAUAUUUUCUAAUUUUCCCAAGCUCCAUGUUUCUGAUGCUGCUACACUUUGUAUCCCUCAUCUUGUGGCAGCAUUGAACUCUGGUAGCGAGGCUGCUCAGGAUUCAGUAUUGACCACACUAUGCUUACUCAAGCAAUCUUGGUCAACCAUGCCGAUGGAUGUGUCUACGUCCCAAGCAAUGGUUGCAGCUGAAGCCAUUCCCAUAUUACAGAUGCUAAUGAAAACUUGCCCACCAAGUUUCCACGAUAGAGCAGACAACCUGUUGCAUAGCUUACCAGGUUGUUUGACAGUCACCAUCAAGCGUGCAAACAAUUUAAAACAGGUGAUGGGAGGAACAAAUGCUUUUUGUCAAUUGACUAUUGGCAAUGGUCCAUCACGGCAAACAAAGGUUGUGAGUAACAGUACGUCGCCAGAAUGGAAAGAAGGCUUCACAUGGGCUUUUGAUGUACCGCCCAAGGGACAAAAGUUACAUAUCUUGUGCAAAAGCAAAAACACAUUUGGGAAGAGCUCUAUCGGGAGGGUAACAAUCCAAAUUGAUAAAGUUGUUAGUGAAGGGACGUAUAGUGGUCUUUUCAGCCUCAGCCAUGACAGCAACAAGGAUGGCUCAUCACGGACGCUAGAGAUUGAGAUUACCUGGUCCAGUAGGACGUCCAGCGAAGGUGAGUGAAGGGAAGCAAGACUGAAGUGAUGCAACUUGAGGAGACAAAGUCGGAGCUGGACCUGGACCUGGUAAAAGAACAAUCUCUACACAUUCCAGCCUAAUGCAAGAGCUAUUGGGAGUAAAGUCCAAGUUUUGUUGUAUCUAAAAGCAUUGCUACCUGUGGGGGUAACUGUAAAAUAGUAAGAUUUUUGCAAGCGCAGAGAAGUUGAUAGAGGUUGCCACGGUACAAGGUAAGUCUUACACUUAGCUUUUAAGCACCAAAUUGUACAGUUUCUGCAGUUCUUAGAAAUACGAAUAUCAAAUAGAGAUGACGAUGAGAAGAACGAAUGAUCCGUUUUUCCUCUUAAAUCUGUUGUAAUGCUCAUUCUACGUCCCAGCAGUGUAUUUGUGAUGCAAAGUAUUAGCAAAUGCCAAAGCUGAUCCCUGUGCAAAGGGCCUGGCGUUAAACUUUAUUAGUUUCUCUUCA